ACAAAAACAUAAGUGGAACAUCAUAACUUGCCUUUAAGUGUAUACUUCCCAAAUGUUUAUUUUGUAGUCCAUCGUAGUACUAUACAGCGCCAGAGGCACACGUGCAGACAUAUCGCCUUGUCCUUAUAGACGGCGCCCACUCUGCUGAGCUAGGAGGAGGGCGAGGUAUAGCCUGCAAGGGUGUGUGAGGGGUAAAUGAGAGAAAGAGAAAGCCGCUUGCUACUAGCGGACAUACGGUAGGCUGCUAACUGAACAUAGCAGCAUGGCGGGGCAAAGGGACUUCCAGCAAGGCAGCCACUGCCACAGAAAAACGUGGAUUAAUAUACUACUUGGGAUCCUACAGCUGUUAUUAUCCUGCCUUCAACAUGGAGGUGCUCAACUGCCAGCCCUUACUCCAGUGCCCAGCGUGGUGGAGGUAUUGCAGGCAGAAGAUGUGGACUUUUUGGUCCCUACACAGGUGGAGGAAGAGCGCAGCAAAGAGAGUCUCCCACAGCAAGAGAGCUCUUCGUUUUAUGGGCGGGAGAGUGGAAGGCCACUCCGAUUCCAGCCUCCAGCUCUAGAGUUUGGAACACAGCCGCUGGGGCUGCCAAGAGCUGAAACUGUAUACAUACACAACCCCAGCCCAGAGCUGCCUCUGACUCUGUUGUCAAUAUUUACAUCUAGUAGACAUUUUCACAUGCCUUCCUUCCAUCAAAGGGUGAUUCCACCCCGAGGGAAGACUUCAUUUAAACUAAUUUUCCUUCCAACAGAGGAGGGAAAUGUAGAGAAUUCCUUAUUUAUUAAUACAUCUACCCACGGGGUCUUAUCAUACCAGGUUUUUGGUGUUGGUGUCCCGUGGGGCUCUCGACGAGAAGAACACCUAAAAAACAGUGUGCUAAUAUCCCCUCAUAUAAAGAGCAUUAAACUGACACAAACUCAGGAAGAGGCCUCGAAUAUAACCAUUCUGGGACUUCUGCUGCACUGCAGUUUGCCUAAACAUGUGUACAGCCAUCCUCAGGGCUCUUGUUUUGUGGCGGAGGAGGAGGAGGGGAUGUUCUCGCUGCUGAUCAGCCUGUCGGAGCGAGGGGAGCAGCAGGCCCACCUGGACAAGCUGAAGCCCUACGUCAUCGAGAACCUCAUGGUGCUCUUCCUCAUCCCUCCGCCCAGCACCACCACCACAGCUCCCAGAAUAGAUGUUUACAUGCUGAAUGCUGGAACAAAAAAGCUGUUUGUCAAGGAUAUCCAGCUCUUAUCAAAAAUAGGAAGCGCUCUUGAAUUCAGCCAAGUUCUACUGAGGACCUCUGCAACCAACUUCACUCAUGUAUCCUCACUGUCCUGUAAAAGUUCCAUUGUGGCUCCAAGCAGAACGUGCUCCAGCCAGAUCAACUUGCAGCUCCUGGGCAACGCCUCCAUCAGGGGGCUGCCGCACACACACAGGUCUGGUGUUCACCUGGCAGCCCUGUUUCAGCUGAGACAGCAGCAUAGAGGCAGUGACCUCGUUGACCUCUGGUUCACCAACCACCUGGGCUUCCCUCUCAUCAUCACAAAUGUCUCUAUCCCUCAAGAAGCACUUGACCUGCUCAAGGUGGUGGACUUCAGCCGGCCCGUCACAGCGCCCUCUGGCUGCUGGAGGCUUGUGUCCCUGCAGCUCCUCAACAGAACCCUGCCUGUCAACCUCAUUGCCACGGUAACACUGCAGUCCAGGGCAGGUCUCACUCUGGUGGUGCCACUGCACGUCCGCUCCACUGCAUCACGGCUGGGUGAGGUUUUGUUUGAGACGGGUGCAGAGUGUGCUCGUCCCUGUUCCCUCAGGCUGUCCAGAGCAGGUCGAGUUGAGUGGCAACAUGCACUCCUCCCGCAGUCCGCCUCUGCCCUGUGGAGUGCAGACAGCAGCCUGGCCUCCACCGUCCAGUCCCGCUGGCAGAACCACAAAGACCAGCUGCCCUGCAGGUGGCCCAGGCUCCCUGUGCAGAGCAGCUCCCCUCUGGACUUUGGGGCCACCCCUGUCAAUGAGAGCAAGUUGAAGAGCCUGAUCCUGAAGAAUCCUUCAGGUUCUGUUGUUUCCGUGGAGAUCAGAGCCCUGUCCUCCUACCCUGCUCCGCUGGAGGCUUUGGAUCUGCUCACUAAAUGGUUUAACAUCAGCCCCCUGUCUGUGAACAUCUCCACCACAGAGUUCUGCGUCCUGCCCGCUGACUCCAAGGACGGUGACGGUGUCCAGGCGGGUCCAGACGGGAGUCUGUGGCUGCUGCUGCAGCCCUGGGAGAGCCGUCACCGUCAGCCGGUGGCUCAUCAGGUGGUUUUACACACCUGGAGACCUCCCUACUGCACAUCAGGUAGGCAUGUACACAAACCACACACCUCCCUACUGCUCAUCAGGAACAACUUGACCGUUUUCGACAUGGUGACGGUGAAGGGCCUCGGGGCCAAAGAGCUGCUGCGUGUGGGGGGGAAGCUACCGGGCCCUGGGGCGUCGCUCCGCUUCAACGUCCCCCAGUCCACGCUCAUGGAGUGCAGAGAUGGCUUGCGCACAAACAAGCCCUUGUUUGCAAUACGCAAGAGCUUCAAGGUGGAGAAUGCGGGCGAACUGCCUCUGACCGUGAUGUCCAUGAACAUUAAUGGCUACAAGUGCCAGGGCUUUGGCUUUGAAGUCCUGCAGUGUAGAUCCUUCACUCUGGACUACAACACCUCCUCAGAGAUCACUAUAGCGUUUACUCCUGACUUCACGUCGUCGUGGGUGAUCAGGGACCUGACUCUAGUGACGACGCGCGGCUCCGCGUUUCCCUUCACGCUCAACGUAACGCUGCCGCAUCAUAUGCUGCCCCUCUGUGCCCAGGUGGUGCCCGGGCCCAGCUGGGAGGAGUCCUUCUGGGUGGUCACUCUUGUCUUCACCUGUUUCUCCCUGGCUGGCGUGUGUUUGAUGGCGUUCCACCAGGCGCAGUACAUCUUGAGUGAGUUCACUUCCUCAAGCCACCGCAGCAACCACAACUCCCACUCACGAGAGAAUGGGGUCGUCAGCAAUGUCUCCUCCAAUGGCGUCUGCAAAAUGAAAGGAAGCUGCAAAACCUACACAGACCCGUGCCAGGCCUCUGACAAAGGGAAGGGCCGAGGCUCUCCAGUGGUGGCCAACGGGCCGACCAGGAGCCAGGCCUCUUCCAAGAAGGGUUCCGCCGGCCCCUCCCAGCCCCAGAGGAAACACAAAGUGUCCGUCCUCUACGGGAAGUACAAAGUAAACACGAGCACCAACUUGAAUGCCGCUGCCCCUCCCUCCCCCACCCCCCCCCCCUCCCCUCGCCCCGUGUCUCCCAGCCUCCCUGUGGACGAGGAGCGGCCAGCAGAGCAGGUGUCGGAGCAGAGCGUGAUGGACACCCGCAACAACAACAGCAUCCUCCUCAGCCACGACGUGCUGGACGAGAGGCCGGCCCCGGCCGAGAAGAGGCCGCCACUCAAGGAGCCCAGGGAGAAGGAGACGCUUAUGUUUCCCAUGGAAACGCACCUGAUCUUCCCAGAGAGCCCCUGCCCCGCCCCAGCCUUCAAAGCCAGCCCACUCCCGGAGGUGCCCCCAGAGAAAGAGAGCGCUGUGAAGAGGGACAUGGCAAAAAGGGACAACAUACAGGUGGAGCCAAGAGACGGCCCUGGCGGCCAGCGGAAGAGAGCGGAGAAGAGCGAUGCAGGUGUCCCAGUAGUCAACAGCAAGAGUGGGAAGAGAGGCUCGGGGAAGGGGCGCAGGAAAGCCACGGAUAUCACCACUGGGGUCCCUGAGGCGAGUGCUGCAGUGCUGUCCGAGAGGGAGAGGGAACCGGAGCACCGAGACCUGCGCACUGCCCCCAGGCUGCGGAGCCACUGCUCCAGCGUGACCGCAGACAUGCCAAAGGCAGGACCCAGCCUGGACAGCUCUCUCAAACAGAACGGCUUGAGCCUGGCUCGGCCCAGGAGGAAGUGCCCUGAGCGUCGGCCGCAGUGGGAGUCGGGCUCGGACAGCUCGUCGGGCAGUUCAUCGGGCAGCGUGCGGGCCAGCAGGGGCAGCUGGGGCAGCUGGAGCAGCACCAGCAGCAUGGAGGGCGACAGGGAUGCCAACACACGGCAGCACUGUGCCAACCCGGCCCGCAAACGAGACAACAUGCAAAACAGCCUUCACCCAACAGAUCAGAUGAUCAAUCCCAGUUAUAAAACUCAGAGCAUGAACUGUCUGUACCGGAAGGAAGUGUGCCAAAUCCCAGAGCCCACUCCCCCUGUGCCUACUUUUGCGCCAAGCUUUGCUGCCGUGGCAGCCGGGGCUGACAGGAAUAUGGACGUGCCCAGCUCAUACGUGCCAGAAGAGACAUGGUCUGCCCCCUCUGUUCCUUUGACCAAUGAGUUCCGGUACAACAUGACCGAGUCGCUGCCUUUCGUACCUCAAAGCCCAACGCCCUCUCCCUAUAAUGGUUUUCCAUGGAAUGGCAUGAACAACCAAUGCAACAGCACUUACCCAUACAACAGCCAGAGCAACUACAUGGCAGCGGGGAAUGCCCACUUCAAGAGUACUUUCACGUGUCGCGAGAGCCAAUCAGUGCCCUUCAGCCAUCAGCCAGCAUGGGGGGAGGAUGGUGGUCAGGAGGCGCCCUCCUCCUGGGACCUGGCCGGAUGUGUGGGCAGCAAGCCCUAUUUCCCCGGCACGCGCAGCCUCUCCCCCAUGUCCAGUCUCUUCGGCUCCAUCUGGACCCCUCAGAGCGAACCCUACCAGAGCCACUUCCACCAGGAGCGCUCGGCACCCGUCUCCCCCCACACCUCCUUCAGCCGGGAGCCCGGCAGCGGCUGCCCUCCCAAGCAGUACUCCAGCUUUAACCCCUUCGGCCCCCACAUGAACCUGGACAUCUGGAACUCUUCGUCCAGCCGCAGCUCCAACUCCCAGCUGUCAAACGACUCGGGUUACUGCGGUGACAUCUGACAAUUUGAGGAAAAAGAACAAUGAUGCAAAACUUACGAUGACGGCAAAGACAAGCGAAGAAUGUGCUUUUAUCAAUAACGGGGAAUAAUGUGAAUAUUCUUUUUUUGUUCUUCUUCUGUUACCUUUUUUUUUUCUCAAACAUUCAAUGUCGUGAGAAGUUAAACAUAUGUUGUAUAUUUUUCUAGAUGUUUUGCAGUUUUGAUCAAAAAAUAAAAAAAAGGUUUUGUAUUUGA